AACAACAUAGGAAGAAGAAAAGAGGGGGAGAUCUGACUUUGAGCCACUAAGAGCAAGCCAUUCAAUUAAAUUUGAAAAACCUUGCAAUUGAAAUCUAAGUAGUGUCCCCUUGACUUUUUAUUAGCCAUUAUUUGUAUUUUCUUGAAUCAUUUUGUGACAGAUAGCGUCCCAGGAGGAAUGCGUAGGUUUCGCUUGUAUUCAUCCUGAAGCAGAGGUUCUUAUCAGUGCAGCAGAAGUGGACGUCAAAAUGACUUGUUUCAUAAAGCGUGAUCCCAUUGGAGAUACCAUACAUACUGUCAAGUAUGACGAACUAUGCAGAGGACACCAUAGGACAAGGUCCUUCAACUUGGACCUGAGAAGCCAGCCAGAUGAAAAAAUAGUAGUGACCCUGCAAGUAGGUCAGACAGGACAUUCAGUGGAAGAACUGCUUUGUAUAUUCAAGUUUACAACUCCUCGUAGAUCCACCAGUCUCCUGACUCAUGACCUAGAACAGUUGCAGGGUGCAUCAAGUUCACAGACACUUCAAGCAUCACAUCAAAGGACAAGGGAAAUUCUUGAGAACAUUUCAGGUAGACAGGAAGACUUUGACGUAAAGUUGACCACUGUUGCUCGAAAAGUUAGCAAGCGUGAUGAGAUAGAUAAUCUCGGGAAGGCUCUCGGCUUCGAGCCAGAAGAUAUUCAACGUUAUGUCGACACAAACAUGAAGAAUGCAGAUGUAACAUACAUGGGUACACUUUCAAUGCUUCGAAAGUGGAGAAAGAAGCAAACUGAGGCAACAGAGUAUGAAACCCUGAAGGUUGUUCUAAAGAAGGCUGGUCAAAUUCGUCUUAUUGAUGAGCUAUGAGGUAAUUCAUUAGAUGUGAAUUGUAAUAAUAAUACGCAGUUGUUUUGUAUGCUUUUCUAUCGAGGAAUACAUUGUUCCGAUGAUAUAUAUCUAUAUUUGUAUACAUAGAGAGAGAGAGAG